AUGUCGUUGCUCGAGUCUCCUUCAUUCGAGACAAUCUCUUCGGCAAUAAAGUCCACCACUCACCCAGAUGGAAGCUAUGUUCUUGCACUGACAUCGCUAGGGAAUUACUAUGUUUCUUCUGCUUCUGCUCCGUCAAAUGCGAUUCAUCUUUUUGACAAGUCAUUUUUGAAAUGCGUCCAGACCCUCAAAGGUCAUCAAAACGCCACCACAACCUUGCGAACAGUUAGAGGCAUUGGAGGGUCCGAUCGGCAUAUGCUUUUAUCUGCUGGUAAGGAUGGUUGCGUGAUUGCUUGGGAUGAACGUUCCGGCACUCCGACCAUACAAAUGACGACAUCUGGGAGAUCUCGUACCGUUUUGUCUUGUGAUGCCUCUCAUGAUGGCUUGACCGUUGCUGCGGGGACGGACCUGCAGAAGGAGGACGCAUUUAUACUCUACUGGGACCCUCGAAAACCAACUGUACCACUCCGUGUUCACGGCUCAACACAUUCAGACGACAUUACUGCAGUGCACUUUCUGAAAAAUAGUCCAUCUCCAACAUCUGGACAGAUCUUGCUAUCAGCUUCCACCGAUGGCCUGGUUAGCACUUCAAAUUCUGCGGAAGACGAUGAGGAUGAAGCGGUUCUGAACGUCGGCAGUUGGGGUUGCAGCAUAUCUCAAGCAGGGUGGAUUCGUGGCUCGUCCGCCAAUCGCGUCUGGGCUGCAAGCGAUAUGGAGACAUUUAGCUGCUGGUCAAACGAACUCGACAUGUUACAAAACUGUGACAUUCGCCACCCCUCCAUUCAUAGCCAUGGGCGAACUUGGGUUACCGACUAUCUGAUAACAUGUCACAAUACAAAACGAUCUGACAGCAAUCUCGCUGUAUUUGUUGGUUCAAAUGAGGGUGAUGUGGCCCUUCUCUCAAGCUCAAAUGUGUCAGACUCAUCUGCACCGUGGACAAUAAAUUCAGCAUGGGCCAAUGGUCACACUGGAGUGGUCCGUUCAGUCCUCUGGGACGAAGCCCAUGAAAUUCUUGUUACGGGAGGCGAGGAUUCAAAAAUAAGUACAUGGCGUUGUCCUCUUCCCGGACAGUUUUCGAGGUUCGAUAAAUCUGUGCAAGAUGAAAAUGCGAUGGAUAUGGACUCCACUAUUCUGAAAAGAGAACGAGAUGACGAGAUGGAUAUUAGCGAGAGUGAGCCAGUAAGGAUAUUUCUAUCGACGACCUUCUAA